AUGGCAUUUCUCAUCCCUCCCUCAACUCUAGAGAGCCAGGCCUAUAGCCCGCUCCACUCUCCACCCCUCAGAAACAGUAUAACACCGGGCGAUGUGGGAAUUCUAAAAUCAACUCUCCUACCAUCAUUCGGCCUCUAUUCAUCCCUCUCACUAGCAGCAUACAUUGCAGCCAAAACAACAAACCGAGUGGAACUGAAAGACUGGCUUUGGCCAUCCUCGCAAGUCCUCAAUGCCUGGUGGACCGCCAUCGGGCAACCGAUGUGCAAAUAUAACAUCUCAGUCGGAGCAGCUUUCCAGGCUCUACCAUGGACCGAAAGGGUUCUUCUAAGCUGCGUUACUAUGUGGGGCACGAGACUCUUUGCCGGGGUAGUCUGCCGGUCCUUGUCCCGCGGGAAAGAUGAUGCGCGGUACGACGCGGUCAAAAAAGAGCCCGGUUUCUGGAGAAGUGUCUUUUUGAAGACCUUUUUACCGGAAGCGGCCAUAUUAAGUGUUAUCUCUUUGCCGUUUACGGUUCCGUUCACUAUGGGCGAGACUGCGCUUCCGGUAGGCGAAGAUGUAAGGGAUAUUAUUCGGGCGCUUGGCGUUGGACUUUUUAGUGUUGGGUUUGCGAUGGAGACUAUGGCAGAUACGCAGCUUGCACUUCAUCGUCGGGAACGGACGGAUUUGUGCCAACAUGGUGUUUGGAGUUUGGUGCGGCAUCCCAAUUAUCUCGGGGACGCAUUGGUACAUUUCUCAUUUGCUUUGCUUAACAUGGCUGGUCCGUUCAAUCCAGCUGUGAUACUGGGUCCUAUUGCGAACUACUUAUUCCUUCGGUUUGUGUGUGGUGACAAGGAGACUGAGGCUAGCCAGGAAGAGCGCUAUGCGUCUCAGGAUCUACAAAAGUAUGGGCAGCUGAAACAGUGGCAGAGAGAGAAGAACAGUUUCUGGCCUGCUUUGCGCGAUCUGGUGAAUCCAUGGGGAUUGGCUGUUGCUGCUUGCGGGCUUAUUGGUGUGGUCAUCGAGGAGGGAUUCAGAGGUGCUUAUGAUAUGUGA